AUUCUUGGAACUCACGAGCUACUUCCUUGUUUACUGCUGCUGAUUCGAAAAUAUAACAAACAAAAUCAUCACUUCCGAAUUUUGGUCGGCUCGUCAGCGAGAAGUGGCAUAUAUAUAAAUUGCACAAAUCAAAAUCAUGGAGAACACAUACAGCCCGGGGGAACUGUCCAGUUUGGCCCAGGAGAAAAUCGAUCUUGGCGAGAAGCUGCUCAAAGACUUGGCCAAUCUGGAUACGGUCGAUGGAGUGCGGAAAAUUUCACGAAAAAUCAGCCAGGAGCUCAAGUUUCUCAAUAAGGUGCAAGCGAACAAAACGAUUUCCAUCAACCACAUACUUUGUAGCAAUUUAACACAUUUUGCCUGCCUGGUGCAGUGUUUGCUGAGUUGCGAAAAUGUUACUCAUGUCGAUUAUCCACUGCCUCUAGAGGACCGAGAAUCCAAGCUCCGGGUAGAUAUUGUGGCUGACAGUGGUGCAACAUGGAUCAAGGUCAUUGCCCGUAAUCCCAAGUCACUGAGCGAUGCAGUUCACGGCAGAACGAGUUACGGGUCCAAAAGCAUCUUAGAACAGGCCGAAGAAUACGUGGAAGCAGCCGAAUCCAAUCCACACAUGUUCCAAAUACCGAGGGUGGUCUUUCGGUUUACCGGUAAACUAGACCAGGAACUGGUAGCCGAACUUGAACAACUGGGAGUUACAGUAUUGGUUCAACAAACCUCUCAACCGCUUCCUAAAACGGAAACAGCUACCUUAACGAAACUCAAUCUUGAUAUAACCACGCUGAUAGCGUACGUUAGCGCCAUGACCAACGGAUCGGCCCAUUGGCAAUACGUCGAACCACUGCUAACCGAGCAGGCCCGCUGGGAACGCGAAAAACCCAUCAAACCACUGCUCGACGAUCUGUUCCACGACAAGGAACUAAUAUGCUGCGAAACGGCCUUCAACUCGUUCAACGAAAUCCUAUCGAUCCUGGGCGGGGCGAAAGAGAAGUCCCGGGCCGAACAGUUGUUCCAGCAGGUCCGAAUUCUGCCGGACGUCCCUUUGCCCCAGGAGCUGCAGCUCAUUCGGGUGGGAGGUAAGAUCAAACCACGAAGUUUGCAAAUAUUUGCCUUCGGGUUGACUCACCAGGCUUUGACCGUUACUUCCAAUGAGGGCUUCGUCCGGGCUGCCCGGAUGCAGGGAUUGGAGGUGCCCGUGUUUCUGCACGACGCACGGGCCCUUACCGAAGAGAAGGAAAAAUCUGCCAGAUUGCUCGAGGAAUGAGUGUUUAGGGGGGAAGGAAUUUGAGUUUCGAAAUUUGACAGUAGUUACUAAUAUAGGUAACUGCCUCCGUGUCGGCAGGAAUUUCGUCAUGCAACAUGUUGUGAUCAACGCACCCGGAAUUGGAAACAGAAGUGUUCAUUAAUAUAUUCAAAACAAUGUGGUCAGCAUCCA